AAAAAAAAAAAAAAAAGUCAUGUAGCGGAAGCCUCUGGGUUUAAAGUUUGGUUUGCAGGAGCGGAACGGGGCUCUCUAAGCUUGUUCCUGCCUCUCAACUCUCAUUGCUUUCUAGAGGAUGUGAUUAGCGGUAGAUGGUGUAGUCUCCGAAUGUGUUGCUUGCAUCUCCCUUGCUUCUCAGAGAAAUGUCUUCUCCGACCAGCUCGGUUAUCUUUCUCUUGCCGCCGCCGCCUUUUUGCCACCGCGUCCUCGGUUUCCGGUGCCACUAAGAAGGAGAAUAAAGAGAAGGUCAUAGUCAUUUCUGGUCCCACAGGGUCUGGUAAAAGCAGGCUUGCUUUAGAGCUCGCGAAGCGCCUCAAUGGCGAAAUUAUCAGUGCGGAUUCUGUCCAGGUAUACCAGGGUCUUGAUGUUGGAUCAGCAAAGCCAUCCAAAAUUGAUAGAAAGGAGGUGCCACAUCAUCUGGUUGACAUAUUGCACCCAUCUGAAGAUUAUUCUGUUGGACAAUUUUUUGAGGAUGCAAGGCAAGCUACAAGAUGUAUUCUUGACAACAGUCAUGUUCCUAUUGUCGUUGGGGGGACUGGAUUGUACUUAAGAUGGUUCAUUUAUGGAAAGCCUGAGGUCCCCAAAGCCUCUCAAGAGAUUACAUCUGAAGUGUAUUUGGAGUUAGCUGAAUUACAGAGGAACGGAAAAUGGGAUGCAGCUGUGCGGUUGGUUGUAGAAGCAGGUGACCCGAAGGCCCAAUUUAUAACUCCCAAUGAUUGGUACCGAUUACGACGUAGCCUUGAGGUUAUUAAGUCUAGUGGAUCACCUCCAUCUGCUUUUCGGGUACCAUAUGAUUCUUUUAGGGAACAAGGAGAUUCUAGUGUUGUGGACAACUCUGACUAUUCUGAUGUCAAUGCUACUGGUGAUGGAAUGAAAGUAACAUCCUCAGAUUUGGACUACGAGUUCAUUUGUUUUUUCCUUUCUACACGAAGGCUUGACCUCUAUAGAUCAAUUGAUUAUCGCUGUGAAGAUAUGCUAUUAGAGAGGGAUGGGAUAUUGUCUGAGGCUCAAUGGCUUCUUAAUAUUGGUCUUCAUCCAAAUUCAAAUUCUGCAACAAAAGCAAUUGGUUACAGGCAGGCCAUGGACUACUUAGUAAGAUGCAGACAGCAAGGGGGUCAGAGUUCAGUUCGAGAAUUCUUCAGUUUUUUAACUGAAUUUCAAAAGGCGUCUAGGAAUUUCGCCAAAAGACAAUUGACAUGGUUUCGAAAUGAACAUAUAUACCACUGGCUUGAUGCUUCUAAACCUCUGGACACUAUUCUAGACUUCAUCUAUGAAUCUUACCAUGAUAAGAGUGGAACUCUCAUUGUUCCCGAACACUUGAGAAUGUCUAGAGAUGUUUCUAAUGGUCGAGAAGCUAAUGACCUCAAGGUCUACCGCCCCCAAAAUAGGCUUUUCUUGAAUAAAGAAGAUUGCUUUCCUGUUCUGAACUGGAUGAAAACUCAAGUCUGAAUUUUGGGUUCUCUUGAAGUUGCCUCAAUUUUGACAUGACACGGAAAAAACGACGAAUCUUUCAGUUUGAGCAGCAAGGUCUGUCUCGAUUGCUUGUUUACCUGAAUGCAUUUCAUUUUGCUUUUGGGUUAGAUGUAAAGAAAGGCAAAGGAAGACCGAUGACAACAGUCAAGAAAGCUGUUGAAUGAGAUCUUUUGAUUAACAAUAUAUUUAAAGAUUUGAUUGUUGAUAGAAUAUAAUGACAUUAUACAAUUCAUGUAGUCGAUCUCCCCUAUGCUUGUUAUUGUU